AAAGCGGUCACAUGACUGCGCUAGAUCUGCGUUUUCCUGAAGUUGAACUCAGCGGCGAUAGUAACGACUCUGUUCGUAACCGAAAGUAAGAAUUAAGAAAUUAACAGGCGGUGAUAGAGAAGAUGGCGAGAGGAAGCCGGAAUUUAAGGAGAGCACUGGCUCAGUGUAUUACCCAGUUACCAGUUACCGUUACCCGAGAGACACCUCGGAGGAAUGCUAUUAAACAUCUGUCAUCCUGUGGCAUCCUAAUGACCCGGGGUCUGCCUUUGCUGAGGGUGGCUCUGCGCCCCCCUUUGGCACCUCAUACCCGCAGUCUCUUCAACUUGGCUGCAUCUUUCAAUAAAAGGAAGGAGUACAGUGAGCGGAGGAUCAUUGGGUACUCCAUGCAAGAGAUGUAUGAUGUUGUGGCAGGAGUAGAGGAUUACCUCCACUUUGUGCCAUGGUGUAAGCACUCGGACGUGAUAUUCCGCCGGUCAGGCUUCUGCAAGGCCAAGCUGGAGGUUGGCUUCCCCCCACUUGUGGAGAGAUAUACCUCACUCGUCACUAUGGUCCGCCCACAUUUAGUCAAGGCCUCCUGUUCAGAUGGAAAACUCUUCAGCCAUCUGGAGACAGUGUGGCGCUUCAGCCCAGGACUCCCGGGCUACCCACGGACUUGUACCGUGGACUUUGCUAUCUCCUUUGAAUUCCGGUCCCUCCUACAUUCUCAGCUGGCUACUGUCUUCUUUGAUGAGGUUGUCAAGCAGAUGGUGUCUGCCUUUGAGCGCCGGGCAUAUGAACUGUAUGGUGCAGAAACCUGUAUCCCCCGGGAACUGAUGUUCCAUGAGGUCCAUCAUACGUAGCCCCACCUGCCCGGCUCGAACUUUGGAAAAAGGGCUGAAUCGAAAGGCGUGGAAGGUGGAUGGAGACGGGGCUCCAUAUCCCCAAACCACCAUACUGUUUUGGAGUAUGGAUCAUUGCAUUAUUGAAGCUUUUAAUUUUUUAUUUUUUUUUUAAAGUCUUGUUCUAUAGAGAAUCAUCAGCUAGGUAUGAUGAUGAUGGAAAAAAACCCUUUAUUGUAUCAUUCUUGGAUUCCUCGAAGCUGAUGAUACUGUAAGGCCACCUGAUUGCAAUCCUGGAACACUUUGCCCUUUUGGGCUAUGGGGCAUCAGUGCCAUUCCUUCAGCUGCAGGUGAAACAGCACUCCAGUACUGUGCCUUGAAUUCUGAGACCUUAAGUAGUGUGCCUAAAACAUAAAAACUAACAGUGUUUUAAGAAAUGCAUGACAACGAUAUUCAAGCUUGAUGGGAUAUUCCCGGCUAGGUUAUGAAAUGUUUUUUUUUUUUUUGAUUGAGCUAAAGGGCAUUGUGGAAAUCUAAAUAUCGCUUUACAUUUAAACACUUACAUCACCGUAGUAUAAAUAAGCAAGCUAAAAGCAGGGAGAUGUUUUAACAGUGUGACCAAUAGGAAAGAUAAGGGAAAGGAUGUUGAUCACAAAUGGUUUGGAUGAUGUUUUGUGAUACGGGAAUGCAUACCGUUUGUAACUGACAAUGCCAGCUGAAGUAACAAAUGCAUUUUGGUAGCUAUCUAGUUCAGGUCUUACCUUUAUGUAAUACCAGCUGAUUCACAAGGGGGUUCAGUCUCCAAUUCACUGCUCAUUCUUCAUUCCCGUGAAAAGGCUUACUGGUUUUCUUUAGUGUGCAAUAUCAUUUUUGCCAUUGCUCAUACUCAACUCUCAGCUGAGGGUCCAAAUGAUGGAUGUAGAAUAAGUGUGUAUGACACAUAUCAGCCCAAGUCUGUGGACCAACAUGUCCUGUUUUGCACCCACUGCUGCGUGCUUUUUAAUAGCAAAUAUAUUUUAAUAUUCAUGUUCUAUUUGUAUCAUUAUUUAUGUAGUUUUAAAGUGUGUACAUAUGGUUUUAAAACGGGUGAGAGGUGAACAGUUUUUCAUGCAUGUCAAGGUGUUAAGUGUUUGUUAUGGGUAAAGUCGAAGACUGCAUGGCUUCAAGUAUUUUUAUACCAUUAAAAGUCUCUGCCUGUU